AUGGGAAAUGAUGAUGAUGAUGUUAUCAAUGAAAUGGCCAAUAAUGAUAAAUUAUUUACUAAUCCGGAUGAAUCAAAACAUUUAAAACCAAAUAAUGGUGAUCAUUCAAAAAAUCCAGUUUAUGGUACAGCAAUAACAUUAGUAACAAAAACACCUACACCAACAACAACAACAACAACAACAACUAUAAUCGGUAAUGGAAAACAAAAUAUUGAAAUCAAUGAUAAUAAUACAAUGAUGAUACCAAUAUCGGAUUCUUCUGGCCUAGCCAAUGGUAGUAGAAAUGGUGGUCAAACAACAGCGACUACUACGAAUAAUGAUGAUAAUUUUGUUGAUGAAGAAUUAUUAAAUUUAAAUGAAACAACAAAUCAUUUAAAAAGACAUUCAUUAACAUUAAAACGUGGUGAUACUGAAUUAAGUAUUGAUCAUGGUGGUAUGCAAAGAUUUUUACCAACAUUUAUGCAUUUUGCAUUUGCUGAUCGUGAAGCCGAACAAUUAUAUCAAGAAUAUUAUUCAAAUGAAAAACGUAAUGAUUUUAAAGCAUUAAUUGUUAUUGUGAUAUUUGUAAACAUUGUUUUAUUGGGCCUUCAUUUUUUGUCAUCAUCUUGGAAUCAAAGUGAUCUUUCUCAUCAACAAUUAAUUAUAUUAUUUAGUUGUCUUAUAUUGGCAAUAUUUUUAUUUAUAUUAUGUUUACGACGAUCACGUGAUCAAUUAGCAUCACGUCUUUGGUCAUUAAUACCAUUUGCAUUAUGGAUUGUAAUGUUAGUACAAAUAAUCUGUGAUCUUUGUAUAUUUAUUGGUAGGCCACCUGAACCAUCUGGUUCAUUAUGUUGGUUAUUGCUUUAUUCAUAUGCUACUUAUGUUAUAUUUCCAUUACGUUUUCGUAUUUGUUGUAUAUUAAGCAUUCUUAUGGCAAUAUUACAUUCAUUAUUAAUUUUUAUGUUUACAACAUCUACUUAUAAAUUUACUAAUCAGAUAUUCGCCAAUCUGAUUAUUAUUGUCAGUGUAAAUUUAUUAAGUACAAUGUCAUUCUUUUUCUAUGAAAGACAACAAAGACGUGCAUUUCUUGAAACAAGACAAAGUUUGGAAACAAAAUUAACAUUAGAAGAACAAUCACAAGAACAGGAACGAUUAUUAUUAUCGGUAUUACCGAAACAUGUUGCAGCCGAAAUAAGACAAGAUUUAGGUGCUGUUGUUGGUGGACAAUUUCAUAAAAUCUAUAUGAGUCGUCAUGAAAAUGUUAGCAUAUUAUUUGCUGACAUUGUUGGUUUUACUGCCAUAUCAUCUACAUGUUCAGCACCAGAAUUAGUUAAAACAUUAAAUGAAUUAUUUGCACGUUUUGAUAAACUAUCGGAUAAAUAUCAUCAAUUACGUAUAAAAAUAUUGGGUGAUUGUUAUUAUUGUAUAAGUGGUGCACCUGAAGAACGACCUGAUCAUGCUGUACUUUGUGUUCAUAUGGGUCUUUCAAUGGUUGAAGCAAUCAAAUCUGUUCGUGAACAAACAAAAUCAACGGUCGACAUGAGAGUUGGAAUACAUACGGGUAGCGUUUUGGCUGGUGUACUUGGUCAACGACAAUGGCAAUUUGAUGUUUAUAGUCGUGAUGUUGAAUUGGCUAAUAAAAUGGAAAGUGCUGGAUUACCCGGACGAGUACAUAUAUCGGAGAAGACAUUAAAUUUUUUGGAUGGUGAAUUUGAAAUCAUUGAUGGUGAUGGUGCAUCACGUGAAGAAGUUGUUCGUUUAUCCGGUAUAAAAACCUAUUUUAUUACGAAAAUUAUCAAACCGUAUCCUGAAGGAACAUUGGAUGCUAUGAUUCAAAUGGAUAUUCCAAACGCAGAUGAUUGUGGAGAGACAACAAAAUUAAAAAAUGAUAUAAAUGUUGAUCGUUUUCGACAAGAAGAUAUAAAAGAUCCAGAAAUUUAUAAACAACGUUUACAUGCUGAACUAAUACAUCGUGAAAGUGAAAAAAAUAUUGCCGAACAUACGGAUUUAUUUAGUUUAACAUUUAAAAAUUCAGAUAUUGAACAAGAAUAUCGUGAAAGUCGUGAUAUAACAAGUUGCAUAUCAUUAUUAGGCCUUCCAUUUACAUUAUUUAUUUAUUUAUUAUCAUUUGUUUUAAUUGGGCCAUUUUGUUUACAAAUUUAUUUAACCCUUGUUAUUUGCCUUUUAUUGCUCAUUGUUAAAGCAUUUAUUUGUACUAUAUCAAUCAUAUGGACGUCAAUUCCAAAACCAUUAGCUAUACUGUCAAAUGCUGUACAGCAAAAAUCAUGGAUACGUGUUACAAUUGCCGGUAGUAUGAUUGCUUUAUGGAUAACAGCACAUAUUGUAGCCAAUAUAUUCUAUGAUGAUAAUCUUGAAAAUGAAUAUGCAAAUCUAAUUAUUUCUGGAUCAACUGAUCGUUAUCAUAUUGCUGAUCAUGUUAUUGCAUUACCACAAUAUUUAAUAUUUUUUUGUAUAUUAGGUUUAUUGGCUAUAACAGUACUGACUCGUAUACAAUUUCUAAUGAAAGCAACAAUUAUCAUAUGUUUAGCAUUCAUACAAUGUUUUCUUAUAUAUUUUAGUUUAACAUAUGCAUUUAAAGUUUAUAAACUUAUAAAUUAUCAACAAUUUAUUCAUAGUAGACAUAAUUAUGUUAUUAUAAUUAUAACUAUUGUUAUUGGUUUGAUUAUUAUUAAUAGACAGUUUGAACUAAUGACAAGACGAUUAUUUUUAUGGCAAAAAGAUAUUGAUCAACAAAAAGAAAUGGUUGCUGAUAUGCGUAGAAAAAAUGAAGCAUUAGUUUAUAAUAUAUUACCACCUCAUGUUGCUGUUCAUUUUUUGGGUAAACGUAAAAAUGAUGAGGAAUUAUAUAGUAAAAGUUAUGAAUGUGUUGGUGUAUUAUUUGCAUCAAUGCCAAAUUUUGCUGAUUUUUAUACAGAAGAAUCUGUUAAUAAUCAAGGAUUAGAAUGUUUAAGAUUUUUAAAUGAAGUUAUAUCCGAUUAUGAUUCAUUAUUAUCACAACAACGUUUUAAAGAUAUAUUUAAAAUUAAAACAAUAAGCUCAACAUAUAUGGCUGCUAGUGGAUUGAAUAUUGAUGAAACAAAUGAUUGUUCAAAAUCAAAUAAUAUUAUUGAAAAAUGGUCACAUUUAGCACAAUUAACUGAAUUUGCAUUAACAAUGAAAGAAACAUUGAAUGGUAUUAAUAAAGAAAGUUUUAAUAAUUUCGUAUUACGUAUCGGUAUCAAUCAAGGACCAAUAACGGCUGGUGUAAUUGGUGCACGUAAACCACAUUAUGAUAUUUGGGGUAAUACGGUUAAUGUUGCUAGCCGUAUGGAAAGUACUGGAAAAGCUGGUUGCAUUCAGGUUGUACAGGAAACAAUGGAAAUUUUAAAAGAAUUUAAUUUCAUUUUUGAACAACGUGGACUAGUCAGUGUUAAAGGCAAAGGAAAAUUAAUGACUUAUUAUUUGAUUGGAAAGAAAAAAUGAAAAUUGAAAAAUCUUUUCACAAAAAAAAAAUUGCUCAUCACCCGAUCAUCACUGAUAAACUUUGAUUUUGAAAACCUGAAAAACAAACCCAUUUCUUGACUAACCGAAUCCUUUCAAAAACAAAAAAAAAAUUGUACAAAACACACACCCACCAGAAACAUUAUCAUUUUGUUAUCAUUGCUCAUUUGAUCAUUGAAUUUAUCAUUGUUUUUUGUUUUGUUUUUAAACUAAUUGGAUAAAUUAUUCAUUUGUAUCAUUUUCAUACGUAUCAAGUUCACACACAAAAAAAACACCCAUAUUGAUUGAAUUCUUGUAACCCAUCUUCCAACUCAAAAUCGAAUCGAUCAUUAAUUUAUGAAUUUAAUUAUGAUAAUUGUUUUUUUGGUUGUUUUUCGAAAUUUUUUU